AAAAUGAUUUAUUCACUAAACUUUUGAAGGAGAACUCUACACAAAAAACCAAAAAAUUUCCAAACUUGUCUUUUUCAAUUUAAAAGCAAUUGCCUCUUAUUUAUAGGAAAACCCUUCUCAAUCUAUGUAUAUAAAGGUGGGAAAUUAAUAGAAUUAACCAUUUUCAGACUUUGAAUUCAUCUCUUAGUCAUUUCUAUUCUCAAAUUUCAAAAAUAUCACUACUUCCGUAAGUGGCAUCUUCUCAAUUUACGAAGAGAUCAAAUUGUAAAAAGAAAUUUUGAACCAGGUUCACAAGUUUAAGUACCAAAUCUGUAAAUUUGAUGAAGAUUAAGUUACACUUCCGAACUUAUAAAAGUGUUAAAACUAAUUUACAAAUUUGAUCCACUUAUUCGAUUUUUUUAACACUUACUUUUACAUAAGUUGAGGAGGUGCCAACAAUGACAUUUUUAAUUAAUUUUUCUAUAAAGAUAAAUCGAGAUUAGAUGAAAAAGAAAUAGAAAAAAAAAAGGAGGCAAAUACUUUUUUAAUUGACCAAUGGAGGCCAUCUAUGUUCCCCGCUACAGUUGAUACCACGAUAGCAUUCCUAGCUGUUAUUCACAAUCAACGGCUAGAAACAAUCAGAUGAAAAAUCAACGGUGGAUACUGCUCCAUCGUUUUUUAUUGGUCAAGGGACCAGUCUUAGGUCAGCCUUUCUUCUCGAACUACUACCAACACUUGUCUUCUUCCCCUUUUCAUCACUGGUCACACACACACACUCACCAUUCCUACUGUGUGUGUUGAAGCAUCUGCCAUGGAAUUUCUUCAUGUUUUAAAUGUUGGCUAGUACACGAUCAUCGUGUGUGGAUGGUUUGAGCUGGCUUUGAGCUCGUUGGGCAUGGAUAAUCAUUGGCAGGCGAACAAAUGUGGUUCGAUGUGGCAGUCAUCGGCGCAGCCGGAAGUCGUAGUGGCUCCGUCUCCGGUUUCUCAAGUUCAGUCACAGGAAUCUUCUAGGAAUCCGAUGAACAAUGCAAGUCAUUACUCUUAUCGACAUAUUGUGCAAGAACCAUGUUCGUCAACCCGUAAAAUGAUGAAUGGUCCCUUGUUUCAACCUACAAGUUUCAAUCUAUACAACUCUGGCCUCUCAGUGACCGGCACUUCAUUUUUUACUCUCCUUUCUGGACCACCGCCGUUCUCGCAAUAUGAUUCUCAACAGGUUUUGAGCUCAAAGCCAUCCAAUCCAGCCAGUAAAGUUCAUGUCUACAAUAGCAGCGCUGUUGUUGGACCCACAGAACACGAAGCUUCAUUUGGUUCCCCUGAGCUAUCAUCUCAAAACAUUGAUAACAGCUACCUGAAGUCCAAAAUUGAUACCUGUCCAGUUGUUCCAAUCAGGAUUUUGGCAAGUGAUGGUGGAAAUACUACUUGUUUGCAUGAUAUUGUGCAGGCUAGAAAAGUAAGUGAUCCAAGCUUAGUGGUUGCUAAGGCAGCCAAUUAUCACACCUCUCAUGGCAUUGAACAAUUGAAUGGCUUUUCUUCUCUGAAAGAUGCUCCGAUUUCUGGUCCAACCCCAGCUCAGAGUGGGAAGCUUCACAGCUCAUCCAUUCCUCAUCAACCAUCUCCUCUUGCAAAUGGUUUACCACGCGUGUUUUGUCUGUAUGCAAGUGGUGAUCUGUUUCUCAGCAAUAGUGGACUCCUUGGAGUUGUCUGUUCAUGCCAUGGUUUUCCCAUGUCAAUCUCCAAAUUUUCGGAGCAUUCAGGUUUGCGAGAUGUUAAUCCUGGAGAUGCCAUCCAUAUGGACAGUGGUGAGACCAUAGCUCAGUGGCGAAAGGCUUACUUUUGUAAGUUUGGGAUUAUAAUACCAGAAGAUCAAUGUGGAUGGCACUGGCCUGAAGGAUUCUCUGCAGCUGCUGAUUUGGUAAAGACAAGUGAGAGGGUACCCAAUGUGUCAAGAAGUUCUGAUCUGUCCAAUUCUGCAGGUCCUCCUAGAGCAUUUGUAGCAUCCAAACAGCUAUUGAACAACAUGGUAUUUCCAAAUAAUCAUCGCCCAAGUCAGAAUUUGGUUAACGAGAUCCAACGUCAUGAACUCGAGAGGAACAUCCAUGAUAAUUGUAAAUUAUCAGAUGGCUUCACUGAAACAUCUCAAAGCAAUUCACAUAACCGGGCAGCUAACGAGAUUACAGAGCAGCCUGUGUCUCGUUGUUUACCAACAUCGAAGUUGGCUGGUGGCACGGGUAAUGCUUUUCAAUCUAGUCCAGCAUGCCUUAACCCAAUCUACAAGACCAAAAUUGCGUUCACCUCCCAAAAAAGCCUACAAGAUCUAGGAAGCCUUGGUAAAGACUCUGAUAAGUUCAACGAUUCAAGGGAUGGUGAUAUACUGGAAAAAAAUACAGUUUCCUCUAAUAUUGAGUUGAGACUAGGACAGCCCUCUCAGCAGAGUCGGACACUUGGGAAAUCAAAUGUAUUGGGUUUUAAUACUCCUCGUGUUAGCAGAGUUGGCCAUCCCUUGGAAUUAAUUUCUUCGAAGCCGCUAAUUUAUAAUGUGGACAGUAACAGAAUUACAGAGGAAAGCAAACAAUCUGUUAACUGUGCUGCUCAAGCAGCUAAAUCCAGUUCAAUUGAAGGACAAAAUCGGUUAAGGUUUUCUAAUCUUGGGUUCGGAGCCUAUAGCACAAGAAUGCCUCUUCAACCUGAGCAACUGAAAGCUGAUGUAAUUGCAGGUCCAGUGAGUUCCAUGCCAUUUUCACACUUGGAAAGUCCUAAAGAUAAAAUGCAAAGUAAAUAUUCCUACAGUGGUGUUGAUGACCGUCAUGUUAUGCCUAAGCAACAAUAUGUUGAAUCUCAAAUUUCCAAGCUUGAUUCUGUGAACUUUGGUUGUACAGACAAGUCAACCAAAGUAAAACUCAGUUUCAGGAAUAUGGAAAAUUACAAGCUUAUGGACAGAGAGGAAGGAUUAGGACAUGGUGCUAUGCAAAAGCAUGCUGCAGAUAAAAUGGAAGUAGGAUGCCAUGUCAAGUUCAUGGGACGCCCUAGCUCUUCUUUUGGAUUCAGUAAAACCAGUCGUGAACAGAACUCUCAUGUACAGAUUCUUAUAAAUAUCCCUAUCAAUGUAACUGAUUCUAGACUUUCUUUCAAUCAUCCUAAGACGAUUUUUCCUCUUGAACAGGGCGAAAAUGUUGACCAUGGUUUUUCUAGACCAGUUACUUCGCGACCUAUGUCUCCUAGACCUCCUUUGAUUUCACGAGCUCCCUCAAUAGUAUAUUCAUCUGUGGCUUUGAACUCUUCUCCUAACAUGACCUCAACAAUGUCAGAAGAAGAGGCCGCCAGAGUAAUGAGUUCACAUACGCCUCCAUCGAGACAAGGUAUGAAACAUUCUAAUCAGGACGAUGUUUCUUCUUCCUGUGGAUUUGGGAAGGACCAAAAUGCACUGGGUAACUCUUCAAAUGGAAAUUUAAGGAGUUCAAAAACUCUUCAAGCAAAAUCAACUGAAAUAAGAGAUGGAUAUAAGCUUGCAAGUAAAUCUGCUCUUCCAGAACAUGCAGCGAAAUCUGUUCAUUCUGGGACUACUUCUGGGACUGGUGAUGGAGCAGAAAAAUCAACUCUGAUUUCCGUCUCACGAGAAACAUCAUUUCAAAUUAGAGACAUUGGAGUGCAGCGCAACCUCUUGUGUGAUCCUUAUCAAACUGGCCCUCCACUGCCAAGGAUUGGUAUAAGUGAAAAUAUUUUAUCAUCAUCUGGGCAUGGAAACUGCUGUCAGGGUACAUCAUGUUCAUAUGUCCCAGACAAGUGCAUCUGUUGGGUACAAAGAAACAGUAUGAAUGGAAAUUCCAAUCUUGAAGGAAACGAUCUUGUUGGUGCUUUCAGGGAACCAUUGGAAAUUAGAACCUCUAUGCUAUCUGCUUCUAACUUGGACAAGGAUUGCACUUUGGGAGAUAGAUGUAUUUCUUCAGGUAAAAUUGGAGAAACUACGAAGCCAAACUUAAAGAAAGUUGAAUUUAAUACUUUUCAAUGGAAAGAUGUUCCAAGCAAAAUGUCAGAAAGGUGCCACGUGCCAUGCAAAGACCAGAAGGCCAAGCUUUUAGAGCACAGAAUUGAUGUCAAUGACCAAACUUCUGAUGUAGCUCGCAAAUGCUAUGACCAACCUGUUCAGAAGGUUGAUUGCAUGAAGGAGCAGGUUAUGUCUAAUAUAUCAUCUAAAUGUUCUGCACCUGCUCCUACCCAGGCAUCCGUCAAAAUCAGCAAUGGAGAUUCGUGUACUGAUGAUGCACAGAACACUGGUUGUGCGAAGAACUUUGCUGUAGAUGAAGGUUCAGGGAUUCAAAAGAGCUGGUCCUCUGAUGAUGCGCCUGAUAGUGGUAGCAACACUGGAUUUGAUGGUUUUGCUUGUACAAUCAAUUCGAAAAAUGAAACACAAUCUAAAGCAAUUUCUAAUCGAUCAACUCGUAGUCUUAUUGACGAGCUUAGGGUCAUAGACUCUUUAAGAUUGAAGAAAGUGCAUAAUCAAGUACGUACUGGAAUCCCUGUGCAUGAAAAUACUAGUUCAAUGAGAACAUUUGAGAAAGAUUUUAAAGGUGGAAAGAGAAAAAGAGAAACAAAAUUCAAAAUUCUUGGGACAUCAUUCCCUGCCUCACCUGUUUCUUCGGUAUCUACUGGGAGUUCUGGUCAGUCCUCUCAGUCUCUGGAACAUCUUAUGAUGAUAGCUCAACCUAAUCAAGAAAGAUCUAAAAAUUGUACUUGUUCUGUUGGACAUGGUUCCAAGAGGAGGUCUACAUUGCCAGCUUCGUCAACUGCCUGUUGCACGGAAGAUGUACAUAAACUUGAUAGAAGCACAAAGGACAUUAUGUGUAAGAUACCAAGAAGAGUUUCUGAUGACUGCCUUGAAGUUCCUGAACACUCACGUGCGAAGAAGGUAAAGUUGAACCUGGAUUUUUCAAAAACAAAGCACGUAUGGAAACAAGAAACGCCAUGUAAAAGAAUUACUAGGCCAGUAGUAUGUGGAAGGUAUGGGCUUAUCUCCAAUGGUGAUACAUCUAAACCAGCAAAGAUCUUUUCUCUUGGGAAGAUUCUUAAAACUGCGAAAAGAUGUGCCCCUGCUGGAAACGAAAUUUUAAAUAAACCACCAGCGAAGCCGUGGAAGAAAUCGAUAACCAGAGAAGGCAAUCGGCACUCAGGUAGAAUUUCUAAUCUCAAGGAGGGCAAGUACCACAUAGGUCAAGGAGCUGCAGUAUCCAGUGAUGAUGAUUUUAUGGAAACCUCAGAAGGAACAGAGAUGGUACACUCGCCACAAUGGGAAAAAGAUCCUGAUACAUCAAACAUGUUGGAUAAGGGAAAGGAGCGCAGAAAUGAAAGAAGCCAACAUUUUCCAGAUAGUGAUUUGGGCACCAGAUCAAGGCGAAAGAGUAAGGAGGUUCGCAAGCGCAGCCUAUACGAGUUAAUUACAGAAGGAAAUGAUUCUGGCUUUGCUACAAUCUCGAAGAACAUAGCUUCUGUACCUCAAGAUAGCUUGAAGAACGGUGGAAACAGUAAUAAUCUCCAUGGGGUAGACGAUAUAUACAGAUCCCCUGAGGAGCUAACAUGCAAGUCAACUCCAGAUGUGGAUACAUUCUGCCAUGUUUGCGGAAGCUUAAACAAUGAUGAAAUGAAUUGCUUGUUGGAGUGCAACCGAUGCUUAGUUAAGGUGCAUCAGGCUUGUUAUGGCAUUUCAAAAGUUCCUAGAAGCUAUUGGUAUUGCAGACCAUGCAAAGAAAAUGUCACUAAUAUGGUCUGCGUUCUAUGUGGUUAUGAAGGUGGAGUCAUGACUCGGGCUGUUCAGAGUAGCAACAUUGUGAAAAGCCUUCUGAAGGCAUGGAAUGUCACGGAAUCACAGGAGAACCCAACUAUGCCUUCACGAGUCUUGAAGGAUCGGUUGAAUGCUGAUGCUUCUUCAGGAAAUCAAGUAGAUAUUGAUGCACAUCCAAAUACUUUUUCUGCACAUAUAAAGGCCUCAAGUUCCCAUUAUCAUAUGAAUGACACAAUGGUACUAAAUAGUGUAACAGCAGGACUUUUUGACUCUACUGUCAAGCAGUGGGUACAUAUGGUUUGUGGUCUUUGGACACCCGGAACACGAUGCCCAAAUGUUGACACCAUGAGUGCUUUUGAUGUAUCUGGUGCUUGUUGCCCCAAAGGAAACGUGGUUUGUUCAAUGUGUAAACGUCCUGGUGGUUGUUGCAUAAGGUGCAGAGUUGUGGACUGUGCAGUUCACUUCCAUCCCUGGUGUGCCCAUCGAAAGGGUUUACUGCAAAGUGAGGUUGAAGGAGCUGAGAAUGAGAAGGUUGGUUUCUAUGGGAGAUGUGAGCUUCAUGCAACAGAAGACCGUAGCCAUAAGAGUAAUUCUCAGAGCAUACAAGUUGCGAGUCUUGAUGAAAAGGAAACAUGUGCUCGAACCGAGGUUUGUCUACUUGGACCAAAGUACAAUUCGGUGCUAUAUCGAAUAAACCUGUGUCUUUAUUGUCUGUGUUUUCUUGAUCUGGAUCAGGGUUACAAGGGACGGAAACGAGAAGGCUUUAGGCAUGAUAGUCUUCAAAGCUCUGGUCGUACUGGUGGAUGUCUGUUUCGGCAAGAACAAGUAGAUGCUUGGAAUCACAUAAAUCGACUAAUGUCAUUUAAAAAACGGCUUCAAAGGAUGCCACAGCCAGUUCAAGAUGUAGAAUACGAUUCCCGGAAAGAAUAUGCUCGCUACAAACAGUCGAAGGGUUGGAAGCAUUUGGUUGUAUAUAAAUCAGGCAUCCAUGCUCUUGGUCUGUAUACAUCAUUAUUCAUUUCACAGAAUGCAAUGGUUGUUGAGUAUGUUGGUGAGAUCGUGGGACUACGUGUGGCUGAUAGAAGAGAAAGCCAGUAUCAGUCGGGAAAGCAGUUGCAAUACAAGAGUGCUUGCUACUUUUUCAGGAUUGAUAAAGAACAUAUAAUCGAUGCAACCCGUAAAGGGGGAAUUGCUCGGUUUGUCAACCAUUCAUGCCAGCCAAACUGCGUCGCCAAAGUGAUAACCGUGCGGGGUGAAAAGAAGGUUGUGUUCUUGGCAGAGAGGGACAUAUAUCCAGGAGAAGAGAUAACUUAUGACUAUCAUUUUAACAAUGAAGACGAAGAGUUUUUGGCAGCUGCUGCUUUUGUUGCUACAUUUCUAAUAUUAUUAUGGGCCCGUUUACCAAACGUUUAUUGGGUAAAUGCUUACUGGAUGUCACUUACUUUAUCGUGUGAAUAUGGCAAGGCCAAAAAUCUUACCUGGUAAGUGAAUGAGAAAACUCUUGCCCGAUAAACGCUUACUAGGUGAAAGGUGCUUGCCAACAAUCAAUUUUGAUGGCUGUGAAUAUUACCGAUAAGGUAACUAAGGAAGUGGCUUUUGCCGGUAAACGCUUACACAGUAAGCAUUUCGUAAACAGCCCGAAUGUUGAUGCUUGAAGGAAACAGAAACCACCAUCUCUGCCUUCUAUGUAUGUACAUAAUCAAUGCCUCUAUACUCAUAAAUUGUUCAAAAUAUCCUUUUUGGAUUCCUCAAUUGAUUUUAUAGCUUACGGGCCAGAGUGAAGUAUGUACAUAAUCAAUGCCUCUAUACUCAUAAAUUGUUCAAAAUGUCCUUUUUGGAUUCCUCAAUUGAUUUUAUAGCUUACGGGUCAGGCCUCACUCUGGCCUGAGAACUAGGCCUCUUGCCAAGCUCUAUCAGCAAGCGAUCCCCAUUUGACUGUACAAGAAUAUGUGGAGUUCAGCAUGUUAACAAUUUAUUUUAUAGCCAAGAUUUUACAAGUACUACUUUAGCAACAUGUGAAAUCUACUUUUUAUGAAUUUAACAUUCAUAAAGUAACAAUU